AUGGACGAUGGUCUAGAAUUCCCAGUUGCAAAGAAACAGCGACGGGAGACCAAUUCUGCUUGGGGAAAAAGGCGUACAAGUUCCCGGCUAUUUGCUCCCUUCAGGACUCUCGGGCUCGUCUCCCCUACUAAGGUACCCUUCACUUCCGUUCCAUUGGGGAAAACGACUUUUCAAAUUACUACCUCCGUCGGUAAUACUUUGCAAACUUACGAUCUGCGACGAGGACUUAAUCUUGUUUUCCUUAGCCGGCCCCGAUGCCUAAGUCCUAUCACUGCUACCUACGCGUACCGCGAUCGAGUCUUCGUUGCUUGGGGUGGCUCCCAACCGAAUCAGCCUCGAGGCGUGUGGAUAUUUAAGCGAGGGAGAUUGGUCGGAGAGUUGAGCACGGAGGACGUAUACCCUCAGGAGAUUGCGCAAAUAAUCAUAUUUGGCUCUUGGAUCGUGGGCUGCGGGACGGAAGCGAUCGAAAUCUGGAAAACUGAUUCUUACGAACACUAUACCACGAUUAUCCCUUCCUCACCCUCUACGGACGGCCGUUCACAGUCGAUCUUUUCUGGUCAUGUCUGUACUCUUCCCACGCUGUUGAACAAGAUAUUCGUCGGGCGAAAAGAUGGCCUGGUUGAAAUAUACAAUGUCAGUACCGGGAGAUUGGUCCAUACAAUUCUUGCUCCUUCUGCAAGCUCUGGGUCUAUCACGGCUCUUGCUCCGACCCCAGCCCUCUGCCUAUUGGCGGUAGCUUAUGCCGAUGGCACUCUGAUCAUCACCGACAUUGAAGCCGAUGAGCCGGUCCUCGAAUUACACCAGAGAAAUUCGUUGAAACCCGUCACAUCGAUCACAUUUCGCACUGACGGCAUGGGAGCUGGUGAGGAUGGUCGCAAGGAUGGUAUCAUGGCCACAUCCAGCAUCGAAGGCGGGGACAUUACCAUCUGGGAUCUCAACCGCGGUGGCAAAGUGGUCGGGGUGGUCCGAGGGGCUCAUGAGACUUCCAACCUGGCCCAAGGAACUGGUAUCAACAAGGUAGAAUUUCUACCCGGACAACCGGUCUUGAUUUCUUCAGGACUAGACAAUGCUUUGAAAUCGUGGGUUUUCGAUGAGAAUCCGUUUUCUCCCACUCCACGGCUGUUGCAUUCAAGAAGUGGGCACGCUGCCUCCGUCACCAAGCUCAGAUUUCUUCCCGCGGCGUCGGAUGGAUCCGAUGCAGCCGGGAAAUGGCUCUUGUCUGCUGCUCAAGACCGAAGCUUGUGGGGAUUUAGCCUGCGAAAAGAUGGUCAAAGUACAGAAUUAAGCCAGGGGGCGGUAAAGCACAAAGCCACAAAAGCUGGUCUCCUCACUGAUGAUGCACCGGGGGUAGAGGAGUUCAAGGCUCCACCCAUCAUCGACAUGGCAUGUUCCCUGAAUCGAGAUGGUGGCAUGGGCGGCGUCAGCGGCCCUACAUGGGCGAAUGCGAAGAACGUCAACGCAGAGGAAGCAAGUAUGACCGGAUGGGAAAGUGUCGUGACGGCUCAUGCCGACGAUCGGUUUGCGAGGACCUGGUCUUGGGGCAGAAAGAAGGCUGGAAGAUGGGCACUGGAAACAAGCGACCGCCAAUCCGUCACAAGCGUGGCUAUUACUACGUGCGGAACGUUUGCCGUGGUCGGCUCUGCAGGCGGCAGUCUUGAUAUGUUCAAUUUGCAAUCUGGCGCUCAUCGCCAAAAAUACCCCCCUCGACUUACACCAGUUCAGGCUAAACAACGCAAAUCACAGCCAGUCCAGGCGGAACAGACGUCGGGUAUGCCUCAUGGCCACCGAGACUCGAUAACAGGUAUCAUUGUGGACCAUCUCAAUCGCACUAUGGUCUCUGCCAGCUUGGAUGGUUCGAUCAUCUUCUGGGACUUUUCAACGGGUAAAAUCCUGGAAAAAAAGUAUGUGGAAUCUGCCGUGCCAAUGGCAAUUCAGUACAAUCCUGUGUCGGGACUUCUGGCAUUGUCUUGCGACGACCUCUGCCUUCGCAUCGUUGACAUUGAGACUCGAAAGACGGUGCGUGAGCUUUGGGGCUGUGUCGGUCAGAUUUACGAUUUCUGCUUCUCACACGAUGGUCGAUGGAUCGUGGCAUGUUCCAUGGACUCCGUUGUCCGAGUAUUUGAUCUCGCUACCGGACAUCUGAUUGAUGCAUUCAAGGCAGCUACGUGCACAAAUAUUGCUUUCUCAAGCACUGGCGAAUUCCUUGCAACUACGCAUGCCGGGACCCCUGGGAUCAAUAUUUGGACGAACAAGGCGUUAUUCAGUCAUAUACCGACUAGGCACGUCGAUGACUUCGAUGGUAUUAUCGAUCUGAGCGAGAGCGCCACUUUCCAUGCAGCCAGUCAGCUUGCCAUGGAGGCGGAUCAGACAGACGAGGAUGAACUGUCAAACGGACUAGACAGCUCUUCCCCAUUGGAACAGCUGGAUCAAAGCCUCUUGACGCUUUCCAUUGUGCCUCGAUCACGCUGGCAAACCUUGCUUAACCUUGAUAGUAUUCGCCAGCGGAACAAACCAAUCCAACCGCCUGAAAAGCCAAAGACCGCGCCGUUUUUCCUUGGAUCAAGCCUCACAAACGGUAGCAAGACUAGUGAUCAAACCCUAGUGAGCAAGAAGGAGCAGAUGAUCGAUGAUGUUGAGCGUUCUCGGAUCUCUCGAUUGGUUCUGAGCGACGAGGCAGGUUCCCAAUCGCAGCUGUCCGUCAUUCUAGAGAAUUUUCAGUCGGAUGCUGAACGAGACCCAUCCGCGCUCUCUGGUCAUUUAUCAUUGUUGCCCCCCUCGGCCGCCGAUCUUGAAAUUCGUUCCCUAGCCUUGAAGGAGAUGCCAACUUUUGUUCGCGCAUUGACGGAGCAGCUUAGACGAAAGAGGUCCUUUGAACUGGUCAACACUUGGAUGAGUGAAUUUCUAAAACUCCACGGUGAUUUUGUCAAUGAAGUCAAGGAACUCAACGAGGCUGUGCUGGCUUGGCGGACGGCCAUGGAGGAUGAAGAAAAGAGACUGAGUCAGUUGGUAGGAUAUACCAGGGGAGUUCUGGAGUUCUUAAGGAGCUCUCGGUAG